CCAAUGUUCAACUUUUUUGUCACAACACACCUAGCUCAUAUUUCUUCUUUCACUUAUUCAGUAUUCACCCACAACUACACUAUGUUGUGCCUCUUUGCUUGUUUUCUUCUCAUUCUUAUUAUCUUCAAAUCACUCAUCAAACCCAAAGGGAGAGAAUUGCCACUUCCUCCUGGGACCAUGGGUUGGCCUUACAUAGGAGAAACCUUCCAAAUGUAUUCUCAAGACCCAAACGUUUUCUUUGCCACAAAAAUCAAGAGGUAUGGGUCUAUGUUUAAGUCUCACAUUUUGGGUUAUCCCUGUGUGAUGAUUUCUGACCCGGAAGCAGCAAAGUUUGUGUUGAACAAAGCUCAACUCUUCAAACCAACAUUUCCUGCUAGCAAAGAGAGGAUGUUGGGGAAACAAGCAAUUUUCUUUCACCAAGGAGCAUACCAUGCUAAACUCAGAAGGCUUGUCCUUCGCACCUUCAUGCCCGAAGCCAUCAAAGACAUAGUCUCUAGCAUUGAAUCAAUUGCUCAAAGUUGCCUCAAAUCAUGGGAAGGAAAGAUGAUCACCACUUUCCUUGAAAUGAAAAACUUUACCUUCAAUGUUGCCCUGCUUUCAAUUUUUGGAAAAGAUGAAACUCUAUAUAGAGAGUCUCUGAAGAGAUGCUACUACACCCUUGAGAGAGGGUACAACUCAAUGCCCAUAAACCUUCCAGGAACACUGUUCCACAAGGCCAUGAAGGCAAGGAAAGAGCUUGCACAGAUCUUGGCUCAAAUCAUCUUAACCAGGAGGAACAUGAAGCAAGAUUACAAUGACUUGUUGGGUUCAUUCAUGAGUGAAAAAUCAGGACUCACAGAUGAACAAAUAGCAGAUAACAUCAUUGGUAUCAUAUUUGCUGCUCGUGACACCACGGCCACAGUGCUUACGUGGAUUGUUAAGUACCUUGGUGAAAACCCUAGUGUCUUAGAAGCUGUAACUGAAGAGCAGGAGUCUAUAUUAAGGGGCAAGAAAGAAAGUGGAGAAGAAAUGGGUCUGAAUUGGUCAGACACAAAAAAUAUGCCUGUGACAUCCAGGGUCAUACAGGAGACUCUAAGAAUAGCAUCAAUUUUGUCUUUUACUUUCAGAGAAGCAGUAGAGGAUGUUGAAUUUCAAGGGUAUCUCAUACCAAAAGGGUGGAAAGUUUUACCACUUUUUAGAAACAUACACCACAGUCCAGACAACUUCAAAGAGCCAGAGAAGUUUGAUCCAUCAAGAUUUGAGGUUGCUCCAAAACCCAAUACUUUUAUGCCAUUUGGCAAUGGGACCCAUGCAUGUCCUGGCAAUGAAUUAGCCAAGUUGGAGAUUUUGGUGCUUCUACAUCACCUGACCACAAAGUACAGGUGGUCUGCAAUAGGUGCAAAAAAUGGGAUUCAGUAUGGUCCUUUUGCCCUUCCACAAAAUGGAUUGCCCAUCACACUAUAUUCCAAGAAAUAAAUAUGCUUCAAAUGAAAAGUGGAGGCACACUAACAUGACAUGGGAACAACUUGCUAAAUAUGGAAAUAGUGGCUCCAAAGAUAUUUCAAUUUUGUUUCACUUGAGAAAGUGAUGAAAGAGACCCUAAAUAAACAAAGUGGGAUGGAUUCUUCACUUUAUUUUAAGGCCAAAAGACAACCAAAGGAAAGGCUUGAGGGAAGUUAAUUGUACAGAGGAGGUUCAGAUGUAUUAGGUUCUUUUUAUUCUUCAUUUUUAUUUAGUUACUUUUUCAUUUUCCACUUCUAACGGUUCUAAUUUUCCCUGUUAUUUUUUCUUUAUAUUUUCAAAUAAUUUGAGGAAAAGUCCUCAAAAGAUUAGAUGUAUUGAACUCCCUAGCUUUGUAUCCAUGCAAUACAGAGAAAAAGAAAAAGAAAGUGAAGAUGAAAUAUUUAAUUGUCCAAUUUUUACA